AUGCAGGAUCGUGCUGACGCAGUCAGCGCUGAGAAAGGCCGCGCCUGGCGGCUGGCCACCACUGAGUUCGUGGGACCCAGAAAGAAAUGGCGCUUAAACAAACAAAAUCGAAAAGCUUGGAAGAGUAUCCCUGCUUCCCCCGCAUGCUUCUACCGGGCAUCCCCUCACUCCAUGACCACCGGCCUCCCCCAACGCCGUCUGCGUAUCUCCGUACCGUUGACUGGUCUGCUCGACGGCCGCAGGCGACCUGGUCCUGUGUCCGCUGAUAUGAAAUCUACUGCUUUAAACUGCCCGAGCAGGCCUGUUUUUAUCAUAAAAUCCGCCACUGCCACGCUUGCCUUUGUCCCCUGUAUCACCGAUUUGUAG